AUGAGAAAAAUAAUAUAAUUAUUGCUUGUAGUAAUCAAAUUAGUUCAAAGCUAAAAAGAAUAAGCAAAUACAGCAUCAUAUGCAGCAUAAUAAUAAGGAGCAAUGGCAGCAGCAAUUGCUUAGGCAGCACCUUAUGCAGCCAUGGGUAUUCCAAUAACGAUAAAACCAUAAACACCUCCUCCACCUCCUGAUCCACCUUCAAUAGGGACUGAACCAGAGCCAUCAGAAUAUAAUGAUCUAUUUACUUAUUCAGGUUAUUUUGAUCCUUAUAAUGAUGAUGUUCAUGCUUUUAUGAUUAAUGGAAAGAGAAGGAAAAGACAUAGAGUAAAUUGUGGAAGGGAUAGAAAAGGAAGAUAUUGUGAUUUUAGAAGAUCACAUCAUUAGCAUGGUUUAUAUAAUAGAGAUUGCAUUCAUUAUGCAGGAUCAUUAGAAAUUUUUGGUGUUUGGUAAUGUGGUUCCAGAAAAUAAUUAUCAACUGGAGCUGUUAUAAGAUUUUUAGUGGAACUUCAUGAACUAGUACUUGCAUAUAAAUAAUAAAAAAAUGAUUAUGCAAUUUAAAGAUUUUAAAGAGUAAUGGAAUAUAAUAGAGAUCUAUAUGCUAAAUUAAAAAGAGCAUUCAAAGCAAAUAUAAAGAAAAAUAUUGAAUUUGUAAUGGAAAUCUUAAAUAAAACAAAUGAAUAAAUUAUUUAAAACUUUUAAUAAAUUUUAGAUAUGUCAAAAGAAAUCUUGACGGAUAUAAGAAAAGAUAGAGAGGAAGAAUUAGAGGAAUUAAAAAGCUAGUUAUAAGAAUUAUUAGAAAAUUUCCCACCUCCUUCAAGCAUUUGUUAAUAAUUAAGAGAAUGUGAUUCUUGUUUGUCUAGAGAUGGAUGUAUUUGGUGUACAGAAGAAUAAAAUUGUUAAGAGGGAAAUGCAAGAGAUGGAGCAUUUUUUAAAAGUUGUGAUAUUUGGGUAAGUGGUUCUGAAUGUCCUGAAGAGGCAUAAUAUAAUAUAGAAAAGAAGGUUAGUUUUAAGGAUGAAUUGGAAGAUUAUUAUAAUUAACCAGAUUUAGAAUUAGAUUAGAAAUUAUAUUUAGCAUCAAAAUAAAGAGAUAUGGUAUAAUUGAAAAAUUAAAUUGAAAAUAGAAGAGUUGUUAUUGAUCAAAUGAUAAGUAUAGAAAGAAAUUUGAAAUAGAGAAGUAUAUAAAUUAUUGAUGAAUUCUCUAAGAAUAAAGAAUAUGAUGGAGAAUUCUUAGCUAAAAUUAUUGAUGAGGAUGCAGAAGGUUAAUGGGCAGAUUAUAAAAAAGAAACUAAAUAAUUAUUCAAAGAAGAUUAAGAAGCAGAAAAAUAAUAAGAUGAAGAAGAACUUGAAAAAAGAAAAUAAUAAUCUGAAAAAGACAAAAAGAGAGAAGAAUUUGAAAAAAAAGAAUUAGAAAAAAGAAAUGAAUCUACUGUUAUCAAUAAAUCUAAAUAUAAGGAUAAAACAAGUGUAGAAGAUGUAUUAGAAAAGGAAUAAGGAAAAUUAGAAAAAUAGGAAGAAAAGUGA